AGCUUGCAGUGGCUGUUCCGUCGAAAUCACUUCGGGUCAGAUCCGGCCGUUGAAGCCUGUGCGAUCUCGCAUCUUCGGAUGUGGAGGACGAUGUUAGAAUGCUGGGGCGAAUCGGGGUCAGAGUGGUUGCUUGUUUUAGAAGACGAUGUCUUGCUUGCGUCAAACUUUGCCGAUCGUUUCAAAGAACUUCUCAGCCAUCUCCGUCGGGUGAUGGAGAGCAGUGGGAUCUGAUCUGCGUGGGUUCACGGCUGAACAUGGGGGAGCACGUGGAUUUUGACGAGGAGCAUACGGUUCCAGGAGUGAUGAGAAUCAGAAAUUACCGCAACUGUCACACGCAUGCGUACGCCAUCCGUCCCAGGGCAGCGUCGCUUCUGAUCGCCAAGGCAGAGGAGGAGGGGAUCAUCUGCGGCAUGGACUGGUUCAUGGUGCGCUAUUCAGCAUCGCCGUAUGAACUCCUUCGCUUUCAUGCCCUCCCUAGCUGGCCAGCUCGACGCCAUGGCUCAUCCGAGCGACAUUGCGGCACAUAAUGCGAAGUGGGGGACGGCGAACGAUUUUCAUGUGCUCUCAGAGUCCGGCGUGCUUGGUUGAUGAAGAAAAAGCAUCUUGAACAUGCAUCGGAGAACCUGAAAUAAAUGCAUGAAGUAAUUGUUUACAAGAAUACUAGAAUUAAUGCUUCACAGUGUCAAAGUUGAAGAACUUUU